AUGGAGGGCAGACAUACUUUUUUGAUUCUGUAUGUGCCCAUUCGUGAGCUCAGUCACAUCAGUCUAUAUUUCCCCAAGAGGCCCGCCCGGAGCUUCAAGUACAAGAGCCGCACCCCCCUUUCAGCUCGAACCGGUAAUGACCAUGACUGUGGAAAGAAGGAUCUGGCUGCGUCCAAACAAAGAGAGCAGUCUUCCAACUCUACCGGCUCCCAGCGGGCAACGAAAGCUGCUGUCGCAGAGCUCGGCUCGCUGGCAGCGGAACACCGCCAGUUGCUGGCAGAUCUCUUAUCCCUGUGCAGGGAUUGCGCCAACAAAGUCAAGAUGGGUAACCAAGAUGGGAAAAUGCGGGAUUACAAGGAGGUUGACCCAAAAUGUGAUGUUUUCUGCAGCGGCAACUUAAGAAGUUCUCCAGAGCGUACAGCAACAAAGAGUAGAAAGAUGAAAGGGGGAAAACGGUUGGAUCUGUUGAAGACGGAUCCUGCUAACAAUGUAACUGUAUUCUCCCGAAUGGAGGGGAUUCCAUCUACGUCGUCGUCCAACCGUGUUUCUCGGACUCCUUUCAUCGGUGAAGUCGCUAAUCCUAUCCUGCCCUUUGAAGAACCUUUCCAGAUCAGCCGAGAGGGAUGGGACUUCAUGUACGAAGACCAGACUUUGGAUUCGGAUGUGGAUUUCUGCAACGACUUCUCCGAGUAUGACAGCGAGCAGGGUUUUGAGUCUGCCUCCUGCAGCCUGACAGAAGGCCUGACCCGAAGAGAAAGUGGGAGUAACCUUCGGCCUGUAAAGAAGCUUCAUCAUGGUGAAGCCAACCAGAAGGAUAAGUGUGUGCGCAUGGUGGCUAAAUUGCAGGAUUUGGAGGGGGACACUCAACCUCGUUUGAGCCCGGAUGGUUCUUCGGAUUCUUACCCAGGAACCAGCACCUACGGCAAAGAUUACGGAGAUUCGAGAGUAUCGAGCAGAGACAAUCGUCGAGUUUCAGUCAAUGGAAAAAAGAUGCUUGCAGAGGGCCUUCAGUUGCCUCUCUCCCAUACCUGUGAACUGAAAGCUCACACCAAGAGCCCCUCUUCAGCUUCCCUGGCUUGCGUUUUCAACACGUCCUUCCCUCCCUCCAACAGUCUCCAGAGCAUGUCGCCGGGCCCGUCCCCAAGCUCCAAACUCAACCAUCGUAUUGUGCCGUUCCCGGAUAAAGAUGUAAACCGCGAUCGAAACGGCUCCGGCAACGCAGAUGAGGGCAAAGUCUUUGGGGAGGUCACUGACAAGAACGGCAAUAGGCGAACUGUCACGCAUCUCGAUCUGAAUCUGAGCCGGCGGCCCAGCAACUCUGGGAAGUGGAAUUCUUCCAGCAACUCCACAACAACUGAAGACUCCCUCCUGCGUCACGAUGAUAUUUGGACGCUAGAUGGCGACGACCCCCCGUCCCGUGUCCCCCGCCCGGAUCACCUGGAUUUUCUACGCAUUACACCGCCCGAGGAUGACAUCAUCGGGGAUACGCCUUAUUGCCCCAAAUUGGAGUGCACGAUGGAGUCUACGUCACCUGCAGACAGUGAGGACCGGACUCCGGGCCGUCUCCAGGCUGUGUGGCCACCACCCAAAUCCAAAGAUGAUGAGGAAAAAGUUGGACUCAAGUACACAGAAGCAGAACACCAGGCCGCCCUCUUGCAGCUCAAGAGAGAAUGCAAGGAAGACUUUGAGCGAAUGCAUUCUGAUUUUGAGCUUCAGAUCUUCCAACUUCGAGGCGAGCACGCCGUUUCAAUAUCGACCCUUGAAGGUACCAUCUCCAAAUUGCAAAAAGACAAGGCCUACAACGUUGAGCGCCGAGAGACCCGAGACGUGGCAGUGUCCACCGCGGACGACCCGACCAUCAAAAUCGGCCGCACUGUGGGCAUCCAGACGGACAGAGAGACCUUCAUCAAGAGCCCGGAGAGUGAGGCAGGUUAUCACGGUCAAGCGUCCAGCCAGAACGUUCCAAAAAAACUUAACUUGGAUUCUAUCGAACACAAUCUGGGCUUUAAAACAACUUUGGGGAAUGCUGGAACGGCCCCGCCUCCGCCGACCCUAUCGGGUCCCCCAGGACCGCCGCCUCCCCCUGCGCCUCCACUGCCGGCUGGCCCCCCGCCUCCUCCCCCUCCUCCGGGCGGCGCCCCACCACCACCUCCGCUCUUCGGGGGGUUCAGCUUAAGUCAGAAGUUGGAAAAGCCCCCUAGAAAGCCUCCUAUUGAACCCGCAUGUCCCAUGAAGUCCCUCUACUGGACCAGGAUACAAAUCUACGAUGAUAACAACAACACGUUGUGGGGCUGCCUGGAGGAGCCAGACAUCAUGGAUCCAAAAGAGUUUGAAGAUCUUUUCUCCAAGGCCACGCCUCAGCCAUUGAAGAAGCCCUUGUCUGACACGUAUGAGAAGAAAGCCAAAACAAAGCAGAUAAUCAAGCUGCUGGAUGGGAAGCGUUCACAAGCUGUCGGCAUCCUCAUAUCGAGCCUGCAUCUGGAAAUGAAAGACAUCCAGCAAGCUGUUCUCACUGUGGAUAACUCCGUGGUGGAUUUGGAAACCAUUGAAGCUUUAUAUGAAAAUAGGGCUACUGCUGAUGAGCUGGGCAAGAUCAAGAAACAUUAUGAGACUUCUAAAGAAGACGAGGUCAAACUGCUGGACAAACCUGAACAGUUUCUCUUUGAGCUCUCCCAGAUUCCCAACUUUGCCGGCCGAGCCCACUGCAUCAUCUUCCAGUCACUCUUCCUCGACACCAUCUCCUCCAUCCGCUCCAAGGUGGAGAUCAUAAAGAACGUAUGCAAAGAACUGCUGGAGUGCAAACGUGUGCGUGAGGUCAUGGGCCUCGUUCUGGCCUUUGGGAAUUACAUGAACGGAGGCAACAGGACGAGAGGUCAGGCUGAUGGCUUUUCGCUCGAGAUCCUUCCCAAAUUAAAGGACGUUAAGAGCAGGGACAGUCACAUCAGUCUGGUGGAUUACGUGGUUUUGUCCUACCUGCGAAAUUUUGACAGCAAUGCCGGUACAGACAAGAGCGUGUACCCUUUGCUGGAACCGCAAGAUUUACUCCAGGCUGCGCAGGUCAAAUUUGAAGAUCUAUCGAAGGACCUCAGGAAGCUGAAGAAAGAAUUGACGGCUUGCGAAGGAGAUGUCCAGAAAGUGUGCGCUGACUCAGCAGAGGAACACCUCCAGCCGUUUAAAUGCAAGAUGGAGGGCUUCAUCUCCAUGGCUCAAAAAGAACAUUCUGCUGAGGAGGAACGCUUCAAUGCUGCGCAGAAAAGGUUCCAGGACAUGGUGAACUACUUUGGGGUGAAGCCAAAGUCAGGAGAUAAAGAAGUGGCGCCUAAUCACGUCUUUAUGCUGUGGUACGAGUUCUGCAACGACUUCAAGAACGCUUGGCUGCGCCAAAGCAAGGCCAUCUCCAAGGAAAGGUUGAAGGAAGCUCAGGAGAACAUCAAGAAGAUCACAGCCGACAAGCGGGUGGAAACCAAGAAAAUCAACGCCAACAGUCUGAAAGAGAGGCUGCGGCAAAAGGAGUCGAGCGUACCAUCCGCUUGA